AUGAUUUUGAACAAUGGAAAACUCGGAAUGGGUAAAAAAGACGUGGCUCGACUGCUCGGCUGCGACUAUGAUCACUCGAUUUUGCGAACUCCUGCGAAGACCGGAAAGCAGGAUUUGGGGAUAUUGGUUCAAAAACAACAGACUGCUGUGGUGUAUUUUAUCGGAGGAGUGACCUACACGGAAAUCGCGGCUCUGCGCUUUUUGGCGGCUCAGGAGAAUUUCCCGUAUGAGAUUUUGAUUGCCACCACCAACAUUACGAAUGGAACGCGGAUUCUGAACGAAAUGAAGCCUCAGGAGCCCUCGAAGCUCCCAGACGCAGAUGCAAAUGCAAACGCAGAAUCGAACUCUCUCAACCCGUUUUGA